AACGACGACUUCGAAGAUGUCGCCGGACAUGCUAUUUACUUUACGGGCGAAGAUAUUUUACUCACGUUCUACACUUGACUGCCCAGUUUAGAAAACAUUUAGUGCACAUUUAAAGGCAGCUUAAAUAACGUCACGAGCUCUAAGCUACGUACCGCUGCGUAACGACAUAUUGAGUUGUCAAUCAACGCGUGUACUAUUUGAUCAUUUACGUAUGUUACCAUAGCAAUGGAAAUGUUGGACGGCGACCGGACAGAUACACAAAAGAGUGUGUCGAUAUCCCUAAGAACACAUUUAUGAGAAACAGAGAACUUGUGCCGGGCGCUUUGGAUCGAUUUGAGUAGCAACGGACUUCAUAAUGGCGGAGAGUUGCGUUCAAGUUGACCCGCCGUUCGUCGAAUUCAAAGACGUGCAACUGGGCAAGGUCUACAAGACUGUCAUCACAGCCAUUAAUGUUGGCAGAACCACGAGGGAAAUAUGUUUCGAAAACCCCAAGUUGAAGGUGUUUAAAUUCUCAGCACCCAGAUCUGCUAAGAAUGUGGCACCUGGUUUGUCUGUGAGUGGCUUAUUGGAGUUCACCCCUGAGGAAGAGGAUGAGGUCACAGACUACAUUUAUAUUCACGUAGAUGCCGCGGAAAUCAUUAAAGUUCCAUUGCAGAUUUCUCCCCGGGCUUGCUCCCUAUCCAUGGACUCGGAAUUAGACUUUGGCUUUCUUCCUGCCAGCGGUCAGAUUAUCAGAAGACUUAUUCCUAUCACCAAUCGAGGAUCAGCAUCAGGUGUGUUCCAGGUGAUGCACAGUGGAAACUCUUUGGUCCGACUUUCACCUUGCACUGGAGUCGUAGCGGCUAGUGGCACCAGGUGGCUGACAGUUGAACUGCAUGCUGACAAACCCAGACAAGUUGAUGAAAAAGCCCUGGUCAAGCUUCAGAGUCACUCCACUGUGGUUCUCAGUGUCAGAGCUCAGGUGGUUGAACAGCAUCUUGAGGUCUUGGACACACAGGGGGCCCCGCUGUCCCGUCUGUUCUUCGGACCUGUCUACUUUGGGACGUCCCGUGUGGAGCGUGUAGUGUUGACAAACAAUGGGCCCCAAGCAUGCGACUGGGUCUGCUUACUUCAGGGUUCUGCUGCUGGAACCGAAACUGGAGCAAACCUUGACAAGACCACAGACGUCGCUUUGCUAGGCAAAAUGCAGCGGUGCAGCCCAGGCCCCCGCUGCCCAUGUCCAGUGGUGGAGUGUAUUCCAAACCAAGGCCGAUUGGGACCAUAUAAAAAAACUACUGUGGCAGUACGCUUCAGCCCAGUUUUCCAUAGAUUACAAGUCAAGCCUCGAUGCCAAGCCAGUCGGCAGGACUACUGCCUUUUUCUGCACCUGGACUUAGUUAGAAGCAAGCAUGGCUUCACUCACCGAAAUGGUAACAGCACUGUCGAGUUGGCAGUGACAGGCACUGGGUUGCCUGUGGCUCUGCUUCCAAGUCCCUCAGAUAGAUUCGACUUUUCCACCUGUGAGGUGGGCCAGCGUGGGGAACAGCUCUGCGUGCUACAGAAUCUCAGCCCACAUCUUCCUAUCAACUUUCGCUUCCGUAAGUUGGCGCAUUUUGGCGCUCAGCCCUCCUCCGGCACUAUCACUCCUGGACAGUGUCAGGACAUAGUUUUGUAUUUCAAUGCACGGCAGCAGGGCAAAUUCCAAAUGUGCCAGAAACUUGAUGUUUUAGGAUACGUCGCUCGCCAGAGGGCUAACGGCACCAGUGACGAUGACGCCGAGCUAAGGCUUGGCAGCUUCUACACAAUCUCACUACACUUAACAGCCAUCUGCAAAAUUGAGAUGACACCUCCUUCUCCAAAAUUAAAUCCUGGUAUUACACCAGUAGUAAGCAAUCCUACUGGUUUACGUCCUCACGUUCCAUAUAAAGAAUUGGCCUGCUGCUACGGGAUGGUGCGUGCUGCCGUGGUCAGCGCUCGUAAGACAACGUUCCACAUGCAACACAGGAAGAGUGGUCAAAGUUCAGGUGGUGAGGAAUUUCUGGCUAUGCCAAAUGACCGAGCCACGAGCAUCCGACCAGCCUCACCACAUACACAGUUUAGGACCAUCUUCACCGGAGUACACCGAUACAGUUAUGUGGAUCCUGAAUAUGGCCUCACUUGGAAGGAAGCAGAACAAAGACGACUACAUAGACAGAGUUACACCGACUUCAUCAGGCAACUCAGACAAACACGCCUGCAGAAGAUCAAGACAAAACUAGAAGAACAAGGGGACAAUUUUGGGAUUAUAUCCGCUCAACGCGUUGUACCACCUAAGAUUCUCCUUGGUGACCUGAAGCCCAAUCAGAAGUCAAAUAGCGGGUUGAAGUAUGCUUCCUGUGGCCAGCGCAAGGGCAAGACCCCCAGCGCCAGGCGGAGCUCAGUGGAUUCACAUGCAGUUCCAGCGACAAGCCAGGAGAUAGCAGACUGUGACAGGACUUUGACACCUCAGGAGCUUUACCAGGUUAUCAUAGGCCCAAUAUUUGUGGACUUUGGUGAGGUGUGUUUACAGUCAGUGUGUGAGCAGAAGGUGGAGCUGAUCAAUCCCCUGCCAAUGUUUGUGUGGGUCCAGUUUGAGGUGGACUGCUCUGAGCUGCAGGGCUCAUCUCCCCUUUCUCACGUGCUUCCACCUGUUUCCCACAAUGCAGUAACCCUGACGUUUCAAAGCAACAAGCUGGGUCACUUCUACAGACCUGUGUCUUACACAGUGAAUCAACAACAUCCUGGACAGAUUCUGGUCAAGGCCCAGGUUGUCCGAAAUUACCUGGAAUUGUCCACCUCCCUGCUGAUACUUGUUCCCAACGCAAACCUACUUGCCUCAUCAGGCUACCGAAGCUCAGUUACCCUUCGGAACACGCGUAAUCAGACAGCAGAAUUCAUGUGGCGCCCGAUUGUUCCAGAGAGUGGCAUCCUCUUCUCUAUUCGACCAGCCACAGGUACAGUGGAGCCAUUCAGCGAACUGGAUUGUGAGGUGGUGUGGCAUGCCUCUUUCUCAUCCCCGCAAGAAGGAGACUUUGACCUGUAUGUCAUUGAUGGCAACAUACAACGCCUGCACUGCAUUGCUAAGGUUGGAUCCACUUGCAUCCGACUAGCAGAGAACCGGUUGAUGUUUGAGUCUGUGCCUCUCAACAUGCCCUCUAUCAGAAAUAUAAUCUUACACAAUAAUAGCCAGAACCAUGCUUACUAUCGAGUGCUUGAUGUGUGCCCUCUGCCGUGCAUGGUGGUCAUCCCGUGCGAGGGAGUGGUGCCCAGUCGAGGGAAAACUGUCCUAAAGAUUCACUUCAACCCUGACUCUGUCAUCAAGUUUGACACCAGGGUUGUGAUAGCUGUGAAGAACAUGAAGUCCAUUGAGAUCCGAGUCGGUGGAUCGGUGGAGCCUCCUAAUGUUGACAUCAGUGUGGCCCUCUUCCAUUUCUACGGCGUCCAUAUUGGUUCUGAGAGAGCCGUACCCUUCACAGUGAUCAACCGCUCACCAGCUGCAGCUCGGCUCACCUUUGACCUGUCGCAAUAUCCAGACUUCACACUGUGGCUUCCUCAGCCUGCUGCAAAAGACAGUAAUCCAGUUGCGAGGGCUCUGGAGGUCCAGGGCCACCAAACAGUCAACUGCGCUCUUGUCUUCUCCCCUACUGACUCAGCUGACUAUGACUUUGACCUGCCACUGAUGGUUAACGGAAUGAGAUGGCCUGUUACUUCUCCACCGCCUUCCCCCUCGUCCAUCUCGCCCUUCUUUUCAUCCGGCAGCAAGUGUGUUAUCAAAGUUAUUCCCUGGUCUAUCACCAUGGCAAUACAACACCCACACAUACAAGCCACAGUGCUGUCUGCUCCACUGGAAUUGUCCCCAUCAAGCCUACAAUUCCAUGUGGAAGCUUUUACACAACCUUCUCAAUCCUACACAAAGACACUGGAGCUCAAAGCAGCAUGCGAAGAGAACAUCUGUUGGCACAGCAUCCGAGGAAAGUGUGUGCGCUGGCAGUUCAAGUGGAGUGACACAACACCGCCAGAGGGUAGGAGAGAGGACGAGCUUCAUUUGUUGGUGUCGCCAUCAUCGGGUUGUCUGGGGCCUGGUCAGUCCAUCUGUUUGGCAAUCAGGAUCACGCCAGAGGCAUUAGCAACAUACACGGUGACCAGACUUUCCCUCGCUCUUUACCUGGGACACAAAGAAGGGAGCAAGAUGGGGCAGCUGUACAAAAAGCUUCCCAUCACUGUUAUCCACCAACUCCCCACUAUAACCAUCACCCCUCCACAAUUGCUGCUGACCCCAGUACCCUUGGAAAGCAGCAUAACAGCCAAUCUCACCCUUCUUGCCUCAGGAUAUACCAGUGGAACCAGUUUAUCAGUUGAGGUCGAUGAGGUUGACCUGGAUGAUGGAACCAAGGUGCAGCCAAUCUGUGUCACCUUCCCAGAUUGUAACACCAUCCCUGCCCAAGACCAGACAGCCAGUGUGACCUCACUGAUCUGCAGAGUGACUUUUUUCUCUGUGGUGACUCUGGCCAUUCGCACAGUCAUCACCUUCUCUGAUCACCUAAACAACAGAUUCAAGGUCAAGUUAUGUGCCAUAAGUGACAACUGUUUGUUGACCGUUUGGCCCCAAAUGGCUCUUCAACGCUCCAUGCAGCAGAUAGUUCUCAGGGCCGGAGCUACAGUCAUUGAAACCAUCACACAUCCCACACCAAGUCUUGCAUCAGACCCAACUUCCUCCUCCUCCUUGUUCGAACCCAUCAGCUCAACACCCAAGAACUCAUCAUCAGAUUCCUUCUCACAAAGUGAAAGCGGCAGUCAGAACAGCAGUCACAGUUUUCGUAACACAGACACCCCACAGACUGAUAUCGGUGUGCCACUAUUCCCUACUGCUACCUCAGUGGAGGGCCAAUAUUACCAGGAUGUAUUAUUAGCAUUGGAGAGGUGGUUUAGCUUCUUUGGCUGGCUGAGUGGGCCACACCCCAUCACUAUACCACACACACUCAGAAGAAUUGUGUCUGAAGAUGCAGUAAAUAAUCCUAGUGGACAGGCACAGGGGGUCAGCCAAAAAAUACACUCCAGGUCUGCAGUGGAGAUGAUUCAUCAUCUGGCAGGCAAACGGAUUCCCAACAUUUCUCACUGUCAGACCUUUUCCACAGAUGUACACCUGCGCACUCUGCAGCUGCUCCAACAGCAUGAGGCCAUUUUUGCUUUUCUCAGAGUACAGGGAGCCUGUUUGAGUCACAUCCGACCUGAGUACUUACUGGAUGUGCAGGAGUUCAACCACUGGUGCUUGCUCCAGUCUAAUGAGGAAGAGUCAGGUGUGGACUACAACAGUGUUGACUAUGAGUCUCUGAGCAAACGAUGCUGGACUGAUUUUCUGCUGCAAAUAUACAAGGUCUUGGUGUUGUGUCGCGUGUCAGAGAGCAGUCCGAACCCAACUCGUACGAAAUAUCACAAAGAUGAAGACGGAAUCCUCAACAUCCAUUCACUGCCCAGUAACCUCUACUCUCGGCAUGAGCUCCAGCUUCUCUCAUGGCUUAAUUCACACUAUCAUUACAUGAGGGAUACAGUGUGGAGUUCAGGUACUGUUCCGCCAGUACGCUGGAUUGUCAAUUUUGACUUGGACUUGACUGACGGAUUGGUGCUCGCUGCUUUGCUUGCUGCCUACUGCCCAUACCUGGUCUCCAGCCACUUUCAGAGGAUGUACACUACAACUCCCAGCCUGGAGCAGAUUCUGCACAACAACAUCAUUAUUAUCCAGGCCUUAACCAUACUUUCUCUAAAUAUGGAUCUGCAGCCCACAGACUUGUCAGAUCCCAACCCUGUGCAAAUGUUGAUGCUGUGUGUUCAUUUAUACGAGAGACUGCCUCAGUACAAGCCUGUAAACACCGUCACUCUCUCUGGAAGCCUGCACAGAACUUUGAGCAAACAGGUGCAUUUAAAAAACCCGUCCAAUUGCCUUGUCAAAUACCGGACAAUCCUUCUCGGCCAGGAUGCCAGUCUGUUCUCCCUGCCCAAUGGCUCUGCUGUCACCAUUCCUCCCAAAGGGAGCACUGAUCUUACGGUCCAGCACUGCUGCUCAUUCCUGCAGCCUAAGGAAGCUGUCCUACUGCUCAUCUCAAUCUCCGCUUCUGGCCUGCAUGGUGCCACUUUGACUUUCAAAGUGAACACCUGUGUUAGUCAAAUCACACCCACAAAAAGUUUCAAGUGCAAGACUCCGUGCUAUGUACUAAAAGUGAUUAAACUUCCAAUAACAAACACAUUUAAUUUGGAAGAUAACUUCAGGGUGAUGUUGGUAGAGUCGACAGUCAAUUCGUUGGAAUCGGAAAAGGAAAUCGACAGCCUCAUUCAACAGGCGUUCUUCAAAGCCAAGAAAGAAAAGACGACUUCAGAGAGGAGCUGUCAUGAAGAGAUGGCAGGAAAGGGGUUGGCUCGUAGUUUGCCGACACAUAGCAAAGAGGUGCACAAAUGUGUGUGUGAGUCCUUAAAUGUGAUGCGUGUUUGUGUGUCUCUUGCAGACUGUGAUGGCGGCGAGUUCAUCAGCACAGUGAGCAGUGUUAGCCUGAAGCCCGGCCAGUCCGACAUACUCAACCUUCACUUCCUUCCCUUCUGUCCAGGAGUCAAGUAUUGUGCUGUGUUGCUCAUUUGUCCCCAGGUCGGUGAUAUGGUCUACAUGGUGAAAGCAACCGCAGACCUGCCUCUACCUUCCCCUCUCAGAGUUUGGCACAGUUCUAACAUAUUCUUCAUCCCUGGUAACUCUGUGGGCUCAGGUGGUUGUGUGUCAGCGCUGCGCCUACGCUGCACAGUCGGACAAACGUGUGAGGAGCUGAUCCGUCUGCCCCUGAUCAAUUCGUCCUGGGAAAACGCCCUGGCCAUGUGGGCUCAGCACAGAAUGACCGCCAUUGAACUUCAGAGACGGAUGCUGACUUACACUUUGCAUAGCAGUAGCGUGAGGGCAAGCAUGGCAGCAUGCAUGCUUUCCAAAAAGCAGAGUCAAAUGAGAGGUGUUGACUACAAAAAAGGGGUAGUGUACAGCGUGGAGGUUUCAUUGCCUCGAUACUUUACUGUGCCCAGCACUGUUACAAUGCCUAUAAAGAAAGAGACCAACAUAUGGAAGAAUCCUGCAGAUUGUGAUUGUGUGGAAAUCCCCUUGCGGUUCAAGGCGGACUCCGUGGGACAGUUCUCAAGUCAGAUCGUUUUGAAGUCCUGCUUUGAUACCAGAGUCUACGUGAUGGAAGCCCUGGUUACUUCACCGGGAGGAUCUGUUCACUUGGACUUUAGUUCCCCUGCUCAGCAUUCAGUCACACAAGAUAUACCUUUGCAUAAUGAGACCCACCAAGACUGGACCUUGAAGGCUGAAUUGUGUGGUGAAGGCUUCUAUGGCCCAAAUGUUUUGAUUGUACCGGCUGGGACAAGAGCUUGUUACCCUCUCACUUUUCAUCCAUCUGCACAAUGCGUUGUCUUGGGGAAGCUGUGCUUGCAUAACAACUACAACGGGGUGGAUCAUGUCUUUACCAUCCGAGGAGUGGGCGAGCGCCCCCUGCCUGUGGAGCACAUAGUGCUACGCUGUCCCGUGGGCGAGACCACUCAUAGACAACUGAGUGUUCCCAAUUACAGUCAGAACACACUCACACUUCAGGUGGUGACAGACCUAUCGAUUAUCAGUGGCAAUUCAUCCACAAAGGUUAAACCUGGUCAAAGCGCCCUGUACACGUUGGCUGUGUUGCCACGGAAACAAGGAGGGCUAUCAGGUUGUUUAUCAUUCGUUGAGAUUGAUCACACAGAUGAGAGAGAUGCUGACAAAGGAAAUAUAGUUGGACGCUAUGAGGUGUUCUACACUCUGGAAAUACUUUGUGAACCAGGAACACCUGUGAAUACCUUCGAUGUGCAGUGCAUAGUUCAAAGCUCAGUCGCCAUAGAGAUCCCGGUCAGAAACCCAGGAGGAGAACUCCUCAUACUCAAUGUGGACCUUGAAGGAAAUGACUUGUGUGGAGCGGACUGGAUUUUAAUCCCCCCGCAGGAAACACUUACCUACAAAGUUACGUUUUCUCCGGCAAAAAUGGGGAAGAGCAGAGGCAGCGUGGUGUUCCAGUCUGAACAAAUCGGAGAGUUUUGGUACCAGUUGGAGCUUUACGCCGUUCCCUCUGCUGUUGUCACGCUACCGCAGGCUUGCUGUCCAUUGGGCAAAUGGACGCGGCAAUCCAUUACAGUGGUCAACCCAACAGCAGAUACGGUGGAGGUGACCGUGUUCAACAGUAACCCCAGGAACUACACGCUGGAACUCGGCUCAGAAAGCACUCUUACUGUAGAGCCCCACUCUGCCACCCAACUCGGGGUCCUCUUCACCCCAUCAUCUAUUGGAGAGUGUAACCACGGAGCCAAAAUGACUUUUACGUGUCCUCAGCUGCCGCAAUGGUGUGUGUUGUUGUUUGGCAAUGGUCUCAUGCCCAGACGGGAGGAACCUUUGAGCAUCUCCUGCACAGUCGGUUCCAGCGAGUCUGUCACCAUUCGCUUCACAAACCCCACCGAACGCCCAGCCACACUCGGGAUCACACUUACAGAUAAGGAUCCAAGUGCUGCUCCUGACUGCCUCCCAGGGACUCCUGACAAGGAUGUGUUCUCGCUAUUGCUGAGCCAAGCAGACGGUAUACAAAUAAGUGAGGGGGGCAGUUUGGAUGUGCCGGUGGUGUUUGCGCCCAAGUCUAUGGACCCCCAACAGUCCUGGCUAUUGAUCUCUAUGAAGCCCCUCAACGCCAUUACAAGCGGAAAACGGGGAAGGAAGAAGCUGACAACCAUCUGUUGGAUCUACCCUCUCUGUGGGAUUCCCGUGAGCGCGCCUGUUGACAACUCACCACUCUGCGUUGUCCAGUGUGAAGCGGGCUGCCAGCUGGAGAAGAAGUUUGAUGUCCAGCUCACUGGAUAUGUGCCAGGAGCUCAAACUGGAAAUGAAGUGUCCAAUGUGCUUGUGGAAGACUUCCAAUGUGAGGUGUGCUAUGAAAGUGAAAUUGAGGACUGCCUGACUGCCUCAAUCGAAGCAGGGAGGAGGGACCACGAGACUGGCGUUGUAACGCUCACCAUCAAUCUGAUCCACAAUCCGGUUAAGCAAUGCAGGUGCUCAGCAAUUCUAGUGGUACAGCAUGUAUCCGGACAAAUGUGGGAGUUUUCCCUCGAUGUCAUCGCCACAGAGCCCCAGGUUGAUGAUGUCAUUGACACAGACGUGACUGAGUUUGGUAAAACAUCUGCACUGGGCUUCUACUUGACCAGCACCACUCGGAGGCCGCAGCCGUUUACCGCAGCGUUCCAGCCGGGCACCAGCAAUGAGUUUGCCGUAACCCCAACCUCCGGAAUGUUGCCACCUGUCGAUUCCAGCGGUGCCCUCAUCAAUGUGUUUUUCACCCCCACCGUCAAAAAUAAGAGACACAACGCAAGACUUACCAUCCAGGCAUCAGGCAUGCAGUGGAUGUAUGAUGUCAGAGGUGUAACACCUCCCCUCUUUGCAUCAUCCCCCAACGAUGCUUCAGUACUCCGACCCACCAGUGAACAGCAUCCCAACUUUGUAGCACGGAAUCUUCGUAUUCCGGCCCUGGCAAAUUCAUCACCGCUGAAAGUUCGCAGAUAACUCCUAAUCUCGUUCUUCCUUUCAUGCAGGCAUGUCAAACAUACGGCCAACUGAUCAAAACCGGCCCGCUAGGGGCUUCAAUCCACACUGCAGGAUGAAUCUGAGAGUGACAAAAUACUGUAACAAUCCUGCAGUUACAUACUGUAUGUGUUGGAUUAAGAGUUCUAUAUUUCCAAAGACGACAACUUUCGCUUUGGUGGAUUCCUAAAAUUCAUGCAAUGAACUUUUAAUGUAAGUUUAAUGUAUAAAGGUUGUACAGCGGUGCCUUGAGAUAUGAGUUUAAUCCGUUCUGUGACUUUGCUCGUAACUCAAAAACACUCUUAUCUCUAAUGAUCUUUCUCCAUUGAAAUAAAUUCAAAUUGAAGUGUCACUAAUGCAUUCCAACCUUCUCAAAAAACACAACAAAAAUCUUUGUAAUGUGUUUAAGAAGGAAAAUAGCACUCUAUAAUAUUAUUCCAUGUAUCCAUCCAUUCAUCUUCUUCCGCUUAUUCGGGGUCGGGUCGUGGGCGCAGCAGCUUACGUUUUAUAAAACCAUACAAAAAUAACAAUGAAAUAGCAUGUAAAGAAUAAUGACUUUUUGCAUAAUGAUUUAAUUCUUCAAUUGUGCUGCUUCCUCUGUUCAAAUUUGUAUGAAAUUAGCACUUGCACGUCAAAGCAAAGAUUCAGGCGGACGAUGGCUCAUAUCUCAAAAAGCUUGUAAGUCGGGUCACCCGUAUCUCAAGGCGCCACUGUACAUUUACAGGGCAGGUGAUCACUUUCUUUCUUGAAAUAGUUUUCCACAUUGUACGGUUAGAAGUCAAUUUAGGUUUUGAGAAUUAUCAUGUACUUGAUAAUAAUUCCUAGAGCUUAACUUGAUUACAUUUUAAAGUGUGAUACAAUAUUUUCUAGUUCCAAAUACCUGUGACUAAAGUUUUGAGCUUUUAUAUGCAGUCACUGUGAUCAGGUAUAAUGCGCACACGUAGAUGAUAAACUGCAGAAAAUUACUUUUUUUUUUUUUUCUUCUGAGAUUCUUAGGUUGUUCUUGAAAAUGAUACUUCAUUAAAUACAUCUUUUCCAAAUGUACUUUUCUUAUUCUGCAUUAAAACAAAAAGGAAGAACACCAACUUCUUGUUA